AUGGCCCGUUACUUAAGGCAUUUCACAGCAGUGGGAGAUGAGCAGCCUGGCCAGUGGGAGGAUGAAGAAUUGCACGUUCACAGUGAUGAACUAGGUCCUGCCACUGGGCAGUACCCUGAAACCGUGACAUUCAGGGAUUCUCUGAAAAGACUAUACAGCUCUACACGCUUCCAGGUGACGGUGGUGUGUUUAGUAAUUCUCGAUGCCAUUUUUGUAUUAGCAGAGCUGCUUAUUGAUUUGUCCAUUAUCAAGUUGGAACAUGGCCAUUUAGCACCUGAGGUGUUUCACUACCUAAGCCUGGCACUUCUCACAUUCUUCAUGUUGGAGAUCGGUGGCAAACUGUUUGCCUAUCGCCUUGAGUUCUUCCAGCAUAAAUUUGAGGUCUUUGAUGCUUUGGUGGUGAUACUUUCUUUUGUGCUGGACAUCGUAUACCUCUUCCAUGAGGACGUAUUUGAUGGAAUGGGUCUACUCAUUCUCCUGCGUCUCUGGAGGGUGGCAAGAAUCAUCAAUGGUAUUCUAGUGUCAGUAAAAACCCGUGCUGAACAGAAGAUGCACAAGCUGAAGGGGAGCUAUGACCAUCUCGUACAAAGAGUCACAGAACUGCAACAGCAAAUUGAUAAACUACAACAAGACAACCAGAAACUUCAGGGACUUCUCAAGAGUCAUGGCAUAGACUUCUGA